AUGAAAAGAAGUAAAGGAUUGGUAACUAAAACUCAUAAUCAAGAAGUAAGUGUUCUCUGUUGUUGGAAAUGUCGAAAAUCUAUAGCAAGUUCUGGCUGUUUCAUGAACUAUAUUGGGAACCAAGCAAAUAAGGAUAAACAUGAUUCAACUAAUGAAAAUUUUUGUCCUGUGUGGCACAUGAAUGUGGAAGCCCUUCCAGAAUGGAUAAACUGCUUAAUAAAAAAGGCCCAAUGGACAGUUGGAAAACUGAAUUGCCCAUUCUGUGGGGCCCAUUUAGGGGGCUUUAAUUUUGUCAGCACUCCAAAAUGUUCCUGUGGCCAGCUUGCAGCUGUACAUCUCUCCAAGAGGCGGACCGAUUAUCAGCUCACACGGGCAGGGCAACUAAUGAGCCCAUCGCUGAAAUACUUGUCACAUCCUGGAGUUCAGUCCCGUUGUGACAAGAAAACUCUGCUUAUAGUUGCUGCCUCCAGUAAUAGAAAUCACGGGCUUUUGAACAUGGCCCUAAAUAAUAAUGGCCCUGGAAGAUUAACAGAAGCACUCUGUCUGGAGGUACGAUCAACAUAUUUUGAGAUGAAGAACGAAAACCUGCUCUUCAAAGCAUCAAAUCCAAAAUACCAGCUUUUUGUUCCCCAGCUUGUGACUGGCAGAUGCACUACAAGAGCUUUUCACAGAAAAUCACAUAGUUUGGAUCUGAACAUCAGUGAGAAACUGACUUUAUUGCCUACUUUGUAUGAAUUACAUAGUAAAACCACUGCCUACCCUAGGCUAAAUGAAACACAGCCUAUUGACCUUUCAGGCUUGCCUUUACAGUCGAAUACUAAAAAUGGCUAUUCCUGUCAGAUUUCAUCCAGUUAUGAUCCUAACAUGCUGCUACAAAGAUUUUCAGUGGCUCCCUGUGAAACCCAGACACAAAGAGGGGAAUUUCAGUGUGGUCUAGAAGCUUCUACAGUGUAUUCUGACCAUACCAGUUCUAACAGCCUGACUUUCCUGAUGGACCUACCCUCAGCUAGCAGAAGUAUGCUGGAGGCCUCAGACCCAGAAGAACACCUCUCCCCUUUGGACUUUCUGCACUCAGGCAGUUUUGCACUGGGUGCCAUUAACCAGAGGCUUAAUAAGAGAGAAAGGAGCAAGUUAAAGAAUCUGAGAAGGAAACAACGAAGGCAUGAGAGAUGGAUGCAGAAGCAGACUUUGAAUAAUGAAAUGAGUACAGAUGAUGACAAUGAAUAUGCGGAAGAAAAAGAAAGCUACAUUUGUGCAGUAUGUCUGGAUGUUUAUUUCAACCCAUACAUGUGUUACCCUUGUCACCACAUCUUUUGUGAGCCCUGCUUACGAACUCUGGCCAAAGACAAUCCUGCAAGCACUCCCUGCCCAUUGUGUCGGACAAUUAUUUCUAGGGUCUUUUUUCAGACAGAACUGAACAAUGCCACAAAAACAUCCUUUACUAAAGAAUAUUUGAAAAUAAAACAAAGCUUUCAGAAAUCUAGCUCUGCAAAAUGGCCUUUACCAAGCUGCAAAAAAGCAUUUCAUCUUUUUGGAGGUUUCCACAGACGUGCAGCUCCAGUUACAAGAAGGCAGUUCCCGCAUGGUGCACAUAGAAUGGAUUAUCUGCACUUUGAGGAUGAUAGCCGCGGAUGGUGGUUUGACAUGGAUAUGGUGAUCAUCUAUAUUUACUCAGUGAACUGGGUUAUUGGAUUCAUUGUUUUCUGCUUUCUUUGCUAUUUUUUCUUUCCGUUUUAGGAAUUUUUUCAUACCUUACUACAGUUGAACAAUCAUAAACAGUAUAGUUAGCAGUUGCCUAAACCUUUAUAAAAUGUGCUUUGAAGUUUUUAUAAUGUUGCAUUAUAUAAAUUGUCGGUGUCUAUAAUAAUCUAAAAAUAAUGGACUUAUUUAUUAAUGUUUCCUUGUAACAAACUAAACUUUAUUCAAGAGCUAACCUUUGUAGAGCACUUUGCAGCAGUACACUGUUAAUUUCAUAGUUCUUGGUUUAGGGGUUGGGCUAAUUUUACAGUGUCAUUUUACAAUGUCAUUUUUAUACUGACCUUGAUUGUAGGGUCUGAGGUUUUUUCCUCCACUUAAAAAUAGGGUACAAAAUGAAUGCUACACUUGAUACGUAUUACCUUUAUUAACAAAAUAGUUAGUCAAUCACCACUAUUCUCAGGCAAUGCAUUAAUUGCAGAUUCUUAUUAGUGCAUUAAAAAUUAAACCAUGUUCUCUGGGAACUAAUCUAGCAGGGUAUAUUCAGUUUUGAUGUCCAAUUAUCUCACUCUGUCCCAUUCUAUUACCAAGAAAACUUACUAUCCUUUUCUUACAGUCUAAUAAUAGCUUUAGUAAAACAUUUUUAAUUAUUACAAGGAAAGAAUUAAAAAAUAAUUACAGAGUAAGCAUCACCAUUGACACUAUAUAUUAACACUUUUUCAAUUGCAGGAUAACUCACCUGAAGAAAUAAAUUUACUGACUUUCAGUAGUCUAAAGGAUCAAUGCAUGUAAAAAUCACCAAAAUGUAUUUAGUGAUUCAUUAAGCUAGGAGGCUGUCAAAUAUAUUGUAAAUGUGCAAUAAAGAGUGACUUUUAAAUUUUUAUUGUUACUAAUUUAUUUAAUGUCUGGAAUAAAUUGUUAAAAAUAAA